AUUCAUUUUUAUUAUGAAAUUUAAAAAUAGUUUAAUAUAUAUAAAAAUGUUACAUUAAGAGUGUUCGACGGUCUGGUAAACUUUUAAACUAACACACUCUAACCUUAUGUACAUGUGAGGGGCCCCUUGAGAUUUUAUCAAAAAUAUACGGCACUGAUAGGGAAAAUGUCACUGUUUUAAGAAAUGCAAAUGUUUGAAUAAUUGUAGAAAAAAAUGUAGAGCAUUUUGAAAAAAUCGGCGAACUUACCUUAAUGUGGAAUAUAUUAAACUGCUUGUGUGUUAAAUUUGGUUUAAUUUAAUUUAGAAAUGUUUCUUCAAAACUGGAAAUACUAAAAAGAAAUUUACGAGUUGAAAUAAAAAUGGCUGUAAUUUGUCCAGUUCAUUGUUUUUAUUACCAUGCGGGUGCGAGAUAUGAGGCGCACGCGAGUUGGUUACCAUUGUGGUUGUGAGUGUUGUUAUGAUUCGACGGUGAGAGUGCAGCACUGUGAAAUGGACAAGUGUCAAAAUAUGUGAAACGCAUGAAAAAUAAAUUGAACCGGUGUUUGAUCUUCAGGAAGAUGUCUGCAAGAAGAAGCAAAUGUGGUGAUCGUUGUGCAGGCGCGAGAGAGCCGAAGCCUACAAAAAUGCUGUCGAAGCUGAAAAAGGGAUGGUGAAAAUGCAGAGCCUGCAUCGAAAAAAAAAUAUAUAGAAGAAAGAGAUGUGUUGCAAAGAGGAAGAGGAUCAGGAAAUAAAAGAGGAGAUAUGAGGGAAAAGGAAAAAAGUUUAGCAAAUGAAAGAGGACUUACGGAACAAAGAGGAAAUGAUGGACAAAGAAGAACAGGAUCAGAAAAUGAAAGAGAAAAUACUGUCCAAAAAAGGAAAGAAUCAGAACAUGUGAGAGAAGAUGUAGGACAAAAAAGAACAGGAUAUAAAAGAGGGGAUGUGGGGCAACGGGAUAAAGUAACAGGAUAUGGAAGAGGAGGUGUAGGACAAAGGGAAAGAGGAAAUGUGGGACAAAGAGGAAGAGAAACAGGAUAUAGAAGAGAAGAUAUGAGACAAAGGGAAAGGGAGAGAGGAUAUGAAAGAGAAGAUGUCGGACAAAGAGGGAAAGAAUCAGGAUAUGGUAAAGGAGAUAUGAGAUUAAAGAGUAUAGAGGUAGAUAAUAGAAGAGGUGGUGGACAAAGUAGUAGAGGUAAUGGAAUGAACAGGGACGGGGGGGUGAAAUAUAAAACAGGGCAUAAUAAAUUAUAUAACGUGUAAAAAUGUUUUUAUAACUAAAAUAAUAAUUAAUAAAAUUUUAAUAAAGUUAAGAAAUAAAAUUGUAAAAUAAAAUAAAAUUUUUAUUUUUGACCGUAAAUAUUCCUUUUUUCGCAUAGUUGCAUCUAUAUAUAGUAUAGAAUUUAAAAAUGAAUUAUAGAAAAUGUUUUGAAGAAAUAGGA